CAGGUAUGCAACUUUCCCCUGGAUGUACCUUAUUUCUGGAUUCUUUUCCAGUUCAGAUGUUGCAUUUAUAUUUUAUAUUUCCACAAACUGUAUGCUUGGUCUUUGUACAAUGUUGCUGACAUUUCUGCCACGACUAUUAGAUGAGAUUUCAAACAUCGAGAGUUUUACAGAUAUCCAUAAUAUACUUAAAUGGGCUUUCCUAGUUUUUCCUCAAUUUUGCCUUGGAAAUGGCUUGAUGGAACUUACUUUGAGACAAGUGAAAUUUGACCUCCUAAACAGCUUUGGAAUUGAUUCUUACAUCAGUCCAUUUCAUAUGGAUUUUCUUGGGUGGACAUUUAUUGCAAUGGUAAUACAAGGGAGCAUCUUAUUUUUCUUGAGACUUGUGAUAAAUGGACAAUCAUUUCAAAUAAAAAGACAUGAAUCACCAUUAUAUGACAGUUCCAAUGACGAGGAUGUUGAAAUUGAACGUAGUAGGGUGCUUGGUGGAAUGACUCCUAACGAUAUACUUCUACUCUACAAUCUCAGAAAAUCUUACCAAAAUAACAUUGUGGUGAAGAACAUCUGCUUAGGCAUCAAAGCAGGAGAAUGCUUUGGACUUCUUGGAGUAAAUGGUGCUGGGAAGAGCACACUCUUUAAAAUGUUGAUUGGGGAAAUAAUCCCUACAUGUGGAAAAGUAAUGAUAAGAUCUUCUAAAGGAAAGGAAGUGAGCAUCAAAUCUGCAUACAAUGAAGAUAUCAUAAUUGGAUAUUGCCCACAGAAUGAUGCCUUAAAUAACUUUCUGACAGGCCGGGAGCAUCUUUAUUAUUAUUGUAAACUUCAUGAGAUUUCAAAAAGGGAUAUUCAUAAGGUAUCUAGUGCUUUAGCUCACCGUUUAGAUUUUGAUGACCAUGUAGAUAAAUUGGUUGGUACCUACAGCAGAGGUACUAAAAGAAAACUGUCGAUGGCAAUAGCACUGAUUGGGAAGCCACGGAUAUUGCUUCUGGAUGAGCCCAGUUCUGGAAUGGAUCCAUGGUCUAAACGUCACCUUUGGGAAGCGAUCAAAAAAGAAGCUCAUGAUGGUUGUGCAGUAGUCUUUACCACUCACAGCAUGGAAGAAUGUGAAGUUUUAUGUACAAGGCUUGCCAUAAUGGUAAAUGGAGGUUUUAAAUGUAUUGGACCUCUACAACACAUAAAAAACAGGUUUGGACAAGGCUAUUCAGUGACUCUGUGGCUCAAUGGUGAUUAUGAUUGUGCACAUUCUGUCAUUACCUGUUUUAAACGUCGUUUUCCAGGAGCGCACCUAAAGGAUCACCAUCUAAAUAUUUUGGAAUGCCAUAUAUCAAUUGGGCAUGGAGAUUUGUGUGAAUUGUUUGAGCUUUUAACCAGUAUGAGGACACAACAACAAAUUAAAAACUAUUCCAUUACACAGACAACUCUGGAUCAGGUCUUUAUUCAGUUUGCUGCACAACAGGAACAAUAUCCCAGUCCCAUGAUGAAACGUACAGUGGACAGUCUUAGACAGCAACUACCAGCCUGAGCAAACAAGCAUUCUAAUUGCUUUAAAAAAAAAAAAAA